CUACUCAUUUGCUCGGGGUAUAGCAGCUCUGCAUCCACGCAUUCCACCUGCCGCCGGCGUAAAAUUCGCUACAGAACAUACGUUACAGUCCAGCAAUGGACGCCCAGAUCGAGAAUGCGAUCGAGAUCGCCUGGGACCCCGCGUCCGACCAGGCCCUUAAGGGCCAGGCCUUCGAGUUCCUGAACCAGCUGCGCACCGAUUCCCAGGCCUGGCAGGUCUGCACCGCUCUCUUUAGCCGGACUCCCCGAGCAUCCCCCGUCGUGCGCCUCGUCUGUCUCGAGAUCGUCAACAACGCAGUCCACUCCCAGGCACUCGACGGCGCCAGCCUCGGCUUUCUCAAACAGUCCCUACUCGAUUACGUCGGGCGCAUCUACGGCGGAGAUGCUCAAGACGAGGUCGAUCCUCCACAUCUGCAAAACAAGCUCACACAAACCCUCACUUACCUAUUCGUCUCGCUGUACAAGGAGGGCUGGGAGACCUUCAUCAGUGACUUCCUCGCCCUGGCUCAGAAGGAUAAUAAUCUCCCGGGCGUCGUCAUGUACCUGCGCGUCCUGGGUUCCAUCCACGACGAGAUUGCCGACCUCAUGCUGAGCCGUCCGGACAACGAGACAAGGCGCAACAAUGAACUGAAGGAUUUGAUCCGCGAGCGAGACAUGCGGAAGGUUGCCCAGUCCUGGCAAGACCUGCUGGCUCGCUACAGCAACCAGAAUGACGCCGUGGUCGAGACAACGCUCAAGAUCAUCGGCAAGUGGGUCAGCUGGAUUGACAUCCACCUGGUUAUCAACCAGGACAUGAUUAACCUGAUCCUUCCCCUGGUCGGGCGGACACACGCGGCCGGCAACGAGGACAAGGUCAGGAAUGCCGCCGUGGACACCUUCACCGAGAUUGUGGCCAAGAAGAUGAAGGCCAGCGACAAGAUAGAGAUGAUCAACUUCCUCAACCUUCGCGAGAUCGUCACGCAGCUGCUAGCAAGCCCACCACUUCACGAGUGGAAGGGAACGCCGCGAUAUGACACCGACCUUGCCGAAGCCGUGGCCAAGCUUGUCAACACGAUCAUGACCGACGUGGUGCGUGUUCUGGAAGACAACAAGGUUGAUACGGACACGAGGGCAAAGGCCGAGCAGCUCCUCCGGGAUUUCUUGCCAUCCUCUCUGCGUCUGUUCUCGGACGAGUAUGACGAAGUCUGCUCGACAGUCAUCCCCUCUCUCACUGACCUUUUGACCUUCCUGCGUAAGGUUGGGCAGCUGCCCGCCACGUACUCCGAGAUGCUCCCGUCGAUCCUGAACGCUAUCGUCCUGAAGAUGAGGUACGAUGAGACGUCCAAUUGGGGUAACGAAGACGAACAGACAGACGAGGCCGAGUUUCAGGAGCUGCGCAAGAAGCUCCAGAUACUGCAGAAGAGCGUGGCCUCUGUGGACGAGAACCUCUGCAUAGAAUUCCUGAGCAAUCUGGUAGCCAACAUGUUUUCUACUCUUGAACAACAGGGGUCGCAGAUGGACUGGAGGGAUCUGGAUCUGGCGCUGCACGAGAUCUAUCAGUUUGGCGAGCUGGCGCUGCCCAAUACCGGGUUGGCUCAGAAGAGCCAGCCGAACUCCCUUGCUGCCGAACGCCUGGCCGUCAUGAUGAGCAAGAUGGUCGAGUCAGGCGUCGCCAACUACCCCCAUCCCGCGAUCCUGCUCCAGUACAUGGAGAUUUGCACCCGGUAUUACAGCUUCUUCGAGGACCAGCAACGGUAUAUCCCCCAGGUGCUCGAGAACUUUGUCCGGCUAGUGCACCACGACCACGUCCGGAUCCGCACGCGGUCCUGGUACCUCUUCCACCGUUUCGUCAAGACGCUCAGGGCGCAGGUGGGCAAUGUGGCCAAGACGGUGAUCGAGUCCAUCAGCGACCUCCUGCCGAUCAAGGCCGAAGUUCCCGGCAACGAUGCCGACGACGACAUGUCCUCGGACGAAUCCGACCACUCGGCCGACGCCGUCUUCAACAGUCAGCUCUACCUGUACGAGGCCGUCGGGUGCAUCUCAUCGACGUCGGCCACGCCUCCCUCCGAUCAGGCGCUGUACGCUCGCUCCGUCAUGGAGCCGCUCUUUUCGGACAUGAGCCUGCACAUGGAGCGCGCAAAGAACGGAGACGCGCAGGCCAUCCUACAAGUGCACCACAUCAUCAUGGCGCUGGGCACCCUCGCCAACGGUUUCGCCGAGGCAAGUACCACUCAGCCGGCCAAGCGGCCACAGCCCCCCGAGGCCGUCUCGAACGAGUUCGCGAGGGCGGCCGAGGCGAUCCUCAUCGCGCUCAACCAGCUCAACGCCAGCGACGACAUCCGCACCGCAUGCCGGUCCGCCUUCUCGCGGCUGCUCGGCGUGCUAGGCGCUGCUGUCCUGCCGCAGCUGCCGCAGUGGAUCGAAGGGCUGCUGUCCCGCAGCUCGAGCAAGGACGAGAUGGCCAUGUUCCUCCGCCUCCUGGAGCAGGUCGUCUACAACUUCAAGACGGAGAUCUAUAACAUCCUCGACGUCCUCUUGACGCCGCUACUCCAGCGCGUCUUUAGCGGGCUGUCGGAGCCCAUCAGCGGAACGGACGACGAGAUCCAGCUGCAGGAGCUCCGCCGCGAGUACGUCUCGUUCGUGCAGGUCAUCCUCGCCAACGACCUGGGCGGGGUCCUCGUCAGCGCCGCCAACCAGGGCACAUUCGAGUCGCUCGUCUCGUCCAUCAUCAACAUCGCGAAGACGCUUACCCACGGCAACUUUGUGCCCAGCCGCAUCGCCUUCAACGUCCUCGGCCGCAUGGCGUCGCAGUGGGGCGGUCCGGACGUCGCCACCAUUGGUGAUAACCCAUCCACCACGGGCGCCGCCGCAUCUCCCUCGAUCCCGGGGUUCGACCAGUUCAUGCUCGAGCACUUCCACGGUUUGUGCUGGACCGUCCUGCAGGACUCCGCGUUCCGCCCCAACACGGACGCCCAGUCGCGCCAGAUCCUGAGCGAGAUUGUCGGCAUCCAGCAGAUCCUCUACGUCAAGACGGGCGAGGCUUUCGUGAACCAUAUACAGGGCGUCACCUUCCCGCAGCUGGGGAUCGACGGGACCGAGUAUCUGAGGGUGCUGACCACGUCCAGGGAGAAAAAGCCGGUCGUCAAUUGGCUGUUGAACUUGUUGAAGGGGAGGCGAUAGAAGGACCCCGGGAAGGGAUAUCGGCUGGGGUUAUAAAGAAGAGCAGCCGAGGAAUAGAUACGGAGUCCCGCCUGCUUUUUGUCUAGGCUGGCUAGGUAUUCCGGGGUCAGGUGUGAAUAUAGCUUGUUGUUGAUCGAUGAUACCGCCAAGCGUGUUUCUUUCUUCUCUUCCUCUUUCCCGCCUUUUUUCAUAUUUUUUCUCCCUUCUUAAUUCUUUCGUUGCUUCUCCGUGUGGUUCUCAUGACAUCAUCCUGCCGCUGUUUCCCCGUGUCUGUUUUCGGUGGGGGGCUCGGGUUGGCUCGCUGGUUACGACGCCGAUGCCGUUGGU